AUCAGCAAGCUCUGCUUUCAAAUCACGGUUAGUGCAUUCGAUUUCAACGGUGGUGCUUUAACGUUCCGUCGUUCCUGAAGUGCGUAAACGAGAAUUUUUCAACUCAUCUUAGGAAUAUCACAAAUCACAAUGGGAAAAUUGCAAGUUGCGGAUGUGGAAGACGAAUACAAAAAGUUUCCAGAUCUAAAACGUGAAGAUGUUAAAAAGAUUCAUGAGUGGAUGGACAAACAACCACAUCUGCCGACACUUAGUGAUCUGGAAAUAAUUUUAUUCUUGCAUUCUAAUUAUCAUCGAAUUGAAUCUACAAAAACUACCAUCGACGCCAACUAUACAUGCCGAAGACACGUGCCAGAUUUUUUUGCUGAUCGUGAUAUUCUAUCUAAUGAGCUGAAAACUAUCAUGAACCUAGUGGUAGUAGUUCCCUUAUCAAUACCAACGGAUGAGGACCACGUAGUUCUGUACGGAAAAUUGAUUAAUAACGAUGCGACUUGUUUUUCGUUUGAAUCAACUUUGAAAUUUGUGAUAAUGCUUGCUGAUUUAAUUCAAAGAGAAAGUGGAGCAGUUACCGGAUAUAGAUUUGUUUUGGACAUGGAAGGUGUUACCAUGGGUCACGUUACUAGGCUAACCAUAAGUACUGUGAAACGAUUCCUACAUUUCUUACAAGAAGCGAUGCCAGUACGUUUGAAGGGUCUCCAUUUGACAAACGUUGUUCCUUUUAUUGAUAAAAUUCUUAUGUUGGUUAAACCAUUUAUGAAGAAGGAGUUGCUCGACAUGCUACACCUACAUAGCAACAUCGAAACUCUGUACCCUUUUGUACAAAAGAAAUGUCUUACCAAUGAAUUGGGUGGCGAAGCUGGAAAUCUAAUGGAUAUUAAAGAGAAAUUCAAUCGGCAUCUUAUUGAUAAUCGAGAAUUUUUCAUAGAAGAGGAAAACAAAAAGGCUAUUGAAGAGAGAAGACCUGGGAAACCGAAAGACUCUGCAUCAAUUUUUGGCAUGGAAGGGAACUUCAAAAAAUUGGAUAUUGACUAAAAGGCUGGUCGCUCACAAAUAAAUUAUAUUUGAUAUUCACAGGGAUAUACAGUGAUACUUUGGUGGCACAGUGUGUGUGUCAAGCAACCCAUUUCUGAAUGUCUGGAGAGUCACGCCCAUUCCGAGGUUACUUUCACAUACAAUAAGCCCCGCACAGUGAUACUUUGGUGGCACUAGUACAUUUAUA